GAUCGCGACGACAUUCCCGCGCACGUUCCCGCUCACAAACAAAUAACUACCCGUACUGUUGGUACCAUUAUAGAUUCGGCGAGCGCGCACGCAAAUGUAUUCAACCGUGUAGCUACAAGAAGAUGGGAAACUCUCAAGGCAGCCAGUAGUGGCGGUAGACGACUGCCUUACAAUUUCGGGCCGCCUGUUCAUCACGGAUCGCAAGACCAAAGUGCAAUAUUUAGUUGACACCGGUUCAGACCUCUGUGUCUUUCCAAGAUCCGCUGUUCGGGAACCUAGAAACAAAAUGGGAUACGAAUUGUUCGCUGCAAAUGGGACUAUCAUUUACACAUAUGGCUUCCUCCCCUUAACGCUGGAUCUAGGACUUAGGCGCGCUUUCACGUGGCGUUUCGUCGUAGCAGACGUCUCAAAGCCCAUCAUCGGCGUCGACUUUUUAAGUUACUACAACCUGCUAGUCGACUGUCGCAACCAGCGCCUCGUUGACGGUGUUACCACACUUGCUGUUGCACUCCCGAAACAACGUUCUACGGAAACAAUUUCCUCAGUCCGUACGACUUUAGAGGAUACAUCUUAUCAUCGCCUGCUUAGAGAAUUCCCAGAAAUCACUCGUCCUGCUGGAAAGCCGUACAUCACCAAACACUCUACGGUGCACCAUAUCCGUACCACCGAUGGACCACCGGUAUCUAGCCGCCCGCGACGGUUAGACCCGGAAAGACUAAAAAUUGCUAAGCAAGAGUUCGAUGAGAUGUUACAGAGUGGCACAGCAAGAAGAUCUGACAGCCCAUGGUCAUCACCGUUACAUUUAACUAAGAAGAAAAACGACGGGUGGCGACCGUGCGGCGAUUACAGAGCCCUAAACGCCCGUACAAUUCCCGAUAAGUACCCUAUCAGGCACUUGCAUGAUUUUACGUGCCAGUUGACAGGCAGUACGGUCUUUUCAACCAUAGACCUGGUUAAAGCUUAUCAUCAGAUACCAGUAUACGAAGACGACAUUCCGAAAACCGCUAUCGCCACUCCUUUCGGGCUUUACGAAUUCCCGUUCAUGACGUUCGGUCUUCGUAACGCCGCACAGACCUUUCAAAGAUUCAUGGACGAGGUACUGCGGGGCUUAGAUUUUUGUUAUGGGUACCUGGAUGACAUUCUAGUCUUCAGCAGCAGCAGUACCCUUCAUCAAGAGCAUCUCAAGUUGUUGUUCCAAAGACUAGCAGAAUAUGGAGUUCUAAUAAAUACCAACAAAUGUACUUUCGGCAAAACGCAAGUCCAGUUCCUGGGCCACAACGUGUCAGCAGCAGGAAUACAGCCGUUAGAAUCGAAGGUUGAAGCCAUUCAGAACUUCCCGGUACCCAAGACGCUAAAAGAAUUACGAAGAUUUUUAGAUGCCCUUUCGCGUAUCGAGGCAGUUUCUAUACCCUUAGAUUACCACUCCCUGGUCAAAGCACAAGAGGCGGACAGCGAGCUACAGGACCUGCUGAAAAAUGGGUCUGCGCUUAGGUUGAAGAAAAUACGAUUAGAGUCAGAGCCAGCUCUUCUGGUAUACUGCGAUGUCUCUCAAAGUAAUCCUCGACCAUUCAUCACACCUUCAUAUCGCAAGCAGGUAUUCGAUUCGCUCCACAAUUUAAGCCAUCCAGGAGCCAAGCCUACGGUCAAGUUAGUUACAGAGCGCUACAUUUGGCCUGGUAUCCGCAAAGACUGUCGACAAUGGGUAAAGGAGUGUCAACAAUGUCAGAAAAGCAAAGUGACCAGACACACUCAAGCUCCGCUACAAGCCUUCGAAAGCCCUUCCGCACGUUUUCGACACAUCCACUUGGAUUUGAUAGGUCCUUUACCUUUAUGUUUAGGUUACAGGUACUGCCUAACCAUCGUGGACCGCUACACAAGGUGGCCAGAAGUCUACCCACUACAGGACAUCACCGCCGAAAGCUGCAUUGCUGCCCUUUCCAGUGGUUGGAUAUCACGGUUCGGCUGCCCCGAACACAUCACCACUGACCGUGGUCGGCAGUUUGAGUCGGGCGCUUUCAAAGAACUGGUCAAGCUCAUCGGUGCCAACCAUCAUACCACAACGGCAUAUUAUCCGACAGCUAAUGGUAUGGUAGAAAGACUACACCGUCAAUUAAAAGCCGCAAUUGCCUGUCAUUCUACUCCGAACUGGGUAGAAGUGUUACCUUGGGUAUUACUAGGUAUACGCAGUGCAUACAAGGAUGACAUUAAAGCUUCAACUGCCGAACUUGUCUACGGGGAACCACUGCGGUUACCUGGACAGUUCUUCUCAUCAGCACCCCCAACCAUCGAGGACAUCACCGAAUUCAUUGGUAGGGUCCCCAUCGGAAACCCCUUCAAGCACCUUAUUCAGGUCCAUACAGGGUGCUGCGACGCGAGGAGAAAACCUUUGACAUCGACGUACAAGGCAAAACGCAGCGAAUCAGCAUAG